CAUCAUCUCCUUGUGCUGCAUGGAGACCUCUGGGUGAGCGGUGCCAUGGGGAGCUGCUGUUCCCGGCUGCCGGCACGGUCCCAACCCUCCUGCAUCCCCCUGGGCCAAAGCAGCACCAAACCCAACCCUGCGCUUGGGGAAAAGCAAAGCACGGCCAACGUCACCUCACCAGAAAAGCCACCGAGGUCCCCCCAGAGCGAUGUGGAUUCCUUGUGGUGAUGCCCCAAAGUACAGGAUUGAUUCUCUAAAUGCUGCCGAGCAGGAAGCUUCCACUGGGUUUGGGGGUUUGGGAGCUUCCUCUCCCGCUCUCUCCCGGGGCUCAUCCUUGCUCCCAGCCCUUCCUGCCCAGCUCCUUUUCGUCUCCUCAAACAAAAACUUGAAGGCAAAAGGGGGUUGGGGGGGGGUUGAACCCCCCCUGAUGUCCCCUCAGCAUCCUGCGGGCGCGUCGUGGCCGGGGGGCAGCCGCACCACGAGCCCCCCCCCAGCGACGCUCUCGCUUGUUCGACGUGGACUUUCCUUUUCCUUCUCUCUUGUUCUUCUGUUUGUGUCUGGAGCAAUACGUUGUCAGGGUUCAGCGGGGUGGGCCGGGGGUUAAAGCAAGCGUGGGGAGGGCUCAGAGCGUUUUGGGGUUCGCUGUCUGAAGUUCGGUGGCUCGGUCCCUGGCUACACGGUAGCUUUAGAGUCCACUUUUUGUUCCUAAUAUUUGUGUUCUAAUUUAAUUGCUUCUUACAUUUUCCAGGCCAAGCCACUGUUUGGAAACAUCAUGGUUGUGUUACUGCUUUUUCUGUUUGAGUUGGCCAGCUCUUCCUGUACAUAUGUUUGUUUGCUUAUAUCCCGUUUCUUUCCUUUUUUUUUUUGGUUUGUUGUUUUUUUUUUUGUAAAGAGAAGAGAAAAAAAAAAAGAAAAAAAAAGAAAAAAAAAGAAAAAAAUACAAAAAGAAAAUUAUUUUUCUUUCCCUCAGUACACAUUCUUCGAAGUUCAAAUUAUAGUGUUUGUUAAAUAAAAAGAAAGAUUUACAUUUAAUGCGGUGUCGCCUUUGGCUCAAUGGGCUUUCCGCUCACCCCAACCCCGGCUCCGUGGGGGGUUUAUGGACGCAGCGGGCGCAGGAGGACCGGGGCGGUGGUCCCACGGGCACCUCGGUGCCACUUUGAAUUCCUCCACCUCCAUUGGAUUAAUCAUUUUAUUGAUGAGGCUUAAAGGGCCAAAUCCCGCUAAAGCCGCGGCUUUGCCAGAUAAACACCCGCUUUGGAGGCAGCCCGUUUGUGAAAACACAAUUAGCAAAGGCUCUAAUCUGCACUAAUUACCGCCCGGGCCCCGCAGCGCUCCCCACGCGCCACCGCCACCAUGGGGGACACGGGGCCCGGGCAACAGCGCCCGCCCGGGGCCUCCUUCACCAUCGAGUACCUGCUGUCAGCGCAGGGGGACCCUGAGCCCCCCGGCCCGAGCCCCCCAGCACCUCCCCGGCCGCCGGCGGAGCCCGGGGACAAACCAUCGCAGUCCUACAUUGCCCUCAUCUCCACCGCCAUCCUCUCCUCGCCCGAGAAGAAGCUGCUGCUCUCCGACAUCUACCAGUGGAUCAUGGACAACUACCCCUACUUCAAGAACAAGGAGAAGAGCUGGCGCAACAGCGUCCGCCACAACCUCUCCCUGAACGAGUGCUUCGUCAAGGCUGGGCGCAGCGACAAUGGCAAAGGCCACUUCUGGGCCAUCCACCCGGCCAACAUGGAGGACUUCGCCAAAGGGGACUACCACCGCCGGCGCGCCCGGCGCCGCGUCCGCAGGGUGAACGUCGGCUUCUACCACCCCUAUGCCCUGUACGGCUGCUGCUGCCCCUGGUGCCCCCCGGCACCCCCAGCGCCCUCCCUGGCCCUGCCGGCUGCCCCCCAACGCACCCGCUGGGGAUGGGGACGGGUUCCUGCUCCCUGGGGUCCCCUCCUGCCCCGGGCCCCCUUCCUGUAGCCCCCACCCUGC